UCUCCUCUCUCCCUCUGCUCGCUCGUCGCAGUGAUGUACCGGCUGCCUGAACUCUACUUCUCCUCCUCUUCCUCCUCCUUCUCCUCCUUCUUCUCUUCUUAUCCGUCCUCCUCCACGUCUCCUCAGCGGGUGUCCAGCGGCGAUGUCGGGGAUUCUGUAGGAUCCUCCGCGGGGGGCGGCUGGUUGUAACCAGGUGAAGAGUCACUGAUGUGAAGUUUUAUUUUCCAGGGGAAGCGCCAAGGUCAUGAUCGACUGGCCCAAUGUGACAGCGUCCGGCCACCGGGAGCUGGGCCUGAAACCGGAGGAGCUGCAAAGGUCCAAAUGUGUCCUGGGCUUCAUCCCUGUCAUCUACUACAGCAUUCUGCUCUGUGUGGGAGUACCAGUGAACAUCCUCACUGCCGUGGCUUUGUCCAGAUUGGCAUCCCGCACCAAAAAAGCUCUGUACUACUACUUAUUAGCAGUGACGGGUUCCGAUAUUCUCUCCCAGCUCUUCAUCAUCUUUGUCGGCUUCCUGUUGGAGACGGCAGUCUUUCACCGUGACGUCCCUGUGCUCCUUCUGAGCUCCGUCAGCGCUGCCGAGUUCGCCGCCAACCACGCCUCCAUCUGGUCCACCGUGCCUCUCACCGUGGACCGCUAUGUGGCGCUGUGCCACCCCCUGCUCCACCGACAGAUCAGCUACCCGGCUCGGGCCAGGAAGAUCAUCAUGGUGGUCCUGUCGCUAUCCUUUGCAUCGGGCGUCCCGUUCUUCUGGUGGUCCGACAUGUGGAGGAACAGCGACCCGCCCACGUCGUUGGACACCGUCCUCAUAUGGACUCAUGUAACUAUCAUCUAUUUCUUGCCCUGCAGCAUCUUCUUAGUGCUGAACUCUUUGAUAAUCCACACGCUGAGGGUGAGGCAGAGGCAGCAGCAAUGCGAAGAGGAGAGCGGGCCCAAGUCUGCGCCUCCACGCCGCCUUGGGAAAACCACGGCCAUGCUGCUGGCCAUCACCUCCGUGUUCUCGGUGCUGUGGGCUCCCAGGACUAUCGUGGUCAUCUACCACCUGUAUGUGUCCUCAGUUCACAGAGACUGGCGCGUCCACCUGGCCUACGACCUGUCCAACAUGCUGGCCAUGCUCAACACGGCCGUGAACUUCUUCCUUUACUGCUUCGUCAGUAAGCCUUUCCGCAACGCCGUGCGGGACGUCGUGCUGCUCAGGGGCGGGGCGCUGUAUCCUCGACGCGCUCUGCCGCAACAGCAGGCCCCAACCAACGCCUCCAUCUCUUCUCUGUACAGUGGGAACAACAAGCGCUCACAGCGCGACUCCACCCCCCUGACACCUCACAGGGCCAAAAAGCCCUCAUGACCCCGUGCCCCUUCCUCUUAAUCCAAAACACCCAUCAUCCCACGGUCCCGAACACUCCCGACCCCAGGGACGCGCACUGCGUUCCAGCUACGACCGUGGACAGCUGCCAGUCAGCCCUGGAGCUUUCUCAAAGGGCCUGAAAUGAACUCACAAGAAGAAGUAUGUUUUUAUGUAUUAGAAUAAGUCACCGGGUGUUGUUUGCCCCUGUAAAUCAGAUAAGCGUCUAUUUAUUUUUCUUCAGAGGAAUUCGAAAAAAUAAAAGUAGGUUUUUUAAAAAAGUUUUUUCUUUUCCAUACAUGGUCGUAAAGUGGCAAAAUAUUUUUUUAUAUUAAAAGAAAAGAGGAAGAGAAGUAAAGUUUGUUUCCUGUAGUCAGAUUCACAGUCCAGACUAUCACGUCAAGUGGCAUUCAGUCUGCUUCAGUCUGGUUUAAUCACCCUCCUAUGACAUCCACUCUGGAGGCAGCAAAGAAGAAGAAAUGAGUUUUAAUAUGAAUUAGUUGCUAUUUCUGCGAUUGUGUAAAGAUGCUGAACAUCCAAAACACAAUCCGCCCCGCUGAGCAAAGAAAUGGUACUCCGUCUCUGCAGGUACAAAACCCACAGCUGCUAAGGCGAGUGUUUAUUUUUCAUGAAACGCAACUGGAUGGAGCCUGAAAUGAAAGCUCGCUGUUUAAGGAGUGAAGACCCUGCUCUUCAAACAGCCCCUCACUAACAUGGCCUCAGCUCUGGCUAAACAAACCACAGAUUAGCCUGAUGGUCUGCACAAACACGCUCACACACACUCUCAUGCAUGUGCGAACACUCGCACACACACACACACACACACAGAUCAGUCAUGUCAGCUAGUACAUUUCCAUCCACUGUCAGUGUCUGCGCUUAAACUUCUAAAAGAUCAUUUUUGAAUCUGUGAUUUGAAGUUUUGAGCGAAAUGCCUCGGCAGGCACUUUUAAAUCCAGCGUAAGGAUGGUGAUGUCUAACAAGUAUACAGACUGUAUUUAUGUAUAUGGAUAUGUAUAUCACAGUGAGGUAUGAACAGCUGUUGUAAAUUACUGGAUUUGUCAGUUUGUGUUUUUUUGUUUUUUUUUGGAGUCACAGAGUCUCUGAAACAAGAAUGAUCUGAUUUACGGGGGUGUCACGAUAUCAGAUUUUCACUGCACGAUUAUCAUGGCCAAAAGAAUUUAUGAUAAAUGAAUAAAAAAUGCAAUCAGUCAAAUUCAUUCUUGACUUUCAUUGUGUGUUUUUCAGCUUUUGGCAAAUGAAUUACACUUGGAGGUGGGAAGAAGUCAGAAUCAAUAUUUGAUUUUUUAAACUCUCACAGUUAAUCAGUGUAUCGUGACACCCCUGGUCUGAUUCUACAGAAACAUGAAAAUGUGCAUCCCAGGCUCCGUAGCUGUGGAAACAUUCAAGCUUUACAUUAAAGUUUUAUUAGUUUCACUGAAGCAACGUUAAACUGUAAAACAUCAACCAGCAGCAGUCAGCCCAGCUCGGCGUCUGUCUUUCAGCCUUUUAUUUCACCGAGCAGCUCGACGUCAGGUUCUGGUUGGCAGCAGUUUACUUCACUGUCCUUUAAGCUGGUCAAACGUCAUUUCUGUCUUUGCAUGAUCUUGUUUUCUGCUUCCUCUGCCCACAAUGGUAAAACAAGAUUCAUGUAGCUUUAAUAUCUGCAAUGAAAGUCAUGCAAACAACUCUUUGUAACUUCUUCAGUCAUAAAUCUUUUUAGUUUUAAGUACAGCAUAUACAAAGUUGAGCUCAGUCUUCUGUUUACUCCUCUGACCACCCAUCUAGGUCUAAAGUUUCCGACGCACACCACCUGCCCGCUCUCAUCCCUCCACAGUCCUCAUUGUGUUUACUGUAACAGUAAGAGACACAGUGUUAGUUCCCCUGGGUGUCCCCGUGUCAGCCGGCUCACGUCGCCCCGCGGUCGUCCCACACUGAGUUCUGAGAGUCCGUACGCAGAUGUAGAUACCAACCAGUUCUUUGAAGAAGCCUCCUGCUGCCUGACAGGAACACAGGGGAGAGCGAGGGAGCGUGUAGAGGCGACGACCUUACACUGGUUAAGACAGUGGGGGUCGAGGAGAUGACUGAAUCAACAGUUAGGACAGUAAUAUGAUGCUUAAAUGUCCGAGCAUGCUUUGAUUAAAGUUGAAUGCCUCUAUCGGAGCUGUUAGGGAGGAGAAGGGUGAGGACGUGGGAGCUGGAGGGGGUGAGGAGCUCGUAAACCCCACGAGCCUGCCACCUGUCCUCUGUGCCUGUUCAAACACCUGGUUCUGUCCCCCGACACUGCUCCUAUUCAGCCCUGCCAGAAGGCAUCAACUGAAAAGACAAAGCUCCACAGACAGUGACACGUGUCUCCCAUCAGAGGCAACUGUCUAAAGCAAAGGAAGCACUUCAAACAUCGCGGUCUGUCCUUCACCAAGCUCUCGCCAACGACUAAAAGUCAGAACCAGCCUUGUCUCUCUUGUCUCUUGAUUUUCUUCAUCAACGUCUUUGGCCUCUUCUCCUCUGCCCUUAUAUCCAUAGAGGCUGCUGAGCCCGGGUACACUGCCCACUU